AUGUGGCGUGAGCCUUCCAAGGCCGAAGGCUCCAAGUCUACUUUGGAAAAGGACCCAACUGCCACUGCACGCUCAUCGAUUCGCCGAGGACCAUCGCGGCACAGCAGCUCCCGCGUGCGUCGCGCUGAUAUCCUGGCUUCGUUUCAUUCACAGAUCAUUGAUGAGCUACGGCGCGGCACCGUGGAACCUAGACGCGUGCCGCGCUUUUCUUUUAUACAACCUAAUGGAGCUAUCGAGAAUGCAGUGGCCCUGGAACAGGACGAACGCGAGACCCUCGUCUGGGCUCAAGCGCGUACCGCGAGUGCACCCCGACAGACAGAGGCAGCCAACCAGCGAUUCAGGAGCCACCGUGAUCAAGCCUUGACCAACCUCCUCGGUCGCAUGGACAGUCAGCCCAGAAACACACAUGUCAACCCUUCAUUGACUCCGAACUUCGCUCCCGCUCUCGCAUACCAUACCACCGCUUCUUCGACUCCUUCGGUCAGUGAAGUUCGUCUUCCCUCUUUGCGUGAGAGAUACAACAGUGAUCGCCCCUCGAACAACUCAUUUCAACCGGAGAUACUUGAAUCUCGGUCCCACAACACACAAACCCGGCCAACCCGCGACCCCGCCGUAGACGGGCUUGGGGAUCGCCAGCGCAGUCCCAGUCCAGACGCCGAGCGGGAAACCGAUGCCUGGGAGACUUUGCUCUCAACCAUGACACCAGACGCUACCCUUCCAUCGACUAAUACUUCUUUCACCUCAACAGCUGCCGCUGCUCCAGACAUUUCGCGUCAUCCUCGUCCACGGAGCUCUCUUAACUUAGCGCAGCCGAUGACCGCGGAAACUGCCCGUGCUCACUUCGGACUUGACCCCUAUCCUGACCAACUCAACCCUUGUGAUCUCUCUUCCUCCGAUGACGAGGAUGCUCCCUCAACUUUCCAUGAAUUCAUGGGACGGGCAGGCCACUAUCCCGAUCAGAAUUCGACGAUUAGCAACCACCCCCCCGUCACUAUCCCUACUAUAAUUCCUGCAAGCGUUCUCACUCUUUCGGACGGUCGUCGUCAAAACCCCUCCCUUUCCGAUCGCCACCACCAAAACGAUGAUCUCCACCAUAUGCAAGUCAUCUUAGAUCGGCUUGCCCGCCGCGAGGAUAUUCCCGACAACUGGUGGGCCGCGGCCGGCCUUGCACGCACUCUCGACCGUGGUCUCGGUGCGAGCAUGGACUCCCCAGACACCGAGAGUACUUCUCGAGCCAACCGCGAUAACUGA